ACUGUGCUCCGCUCCGCUGUCCGCUCCCCCUUCUCCGGAACUCCGAAAUGCCGCUCCUCCCCUCCACCGCGGCGGCGGCAGCGGCGCUGCCCCGCCUCCGCCUGCGCCUCCCUCUCCAGCCUCUCCCGCUCCCACCCCGCCACUGCCCCCACCCCCUCGCGCCCCUCCGCCGCGCGCCCCACCACUCCUCCCCGCACCCGCGCCUGCUCCCGCUGGCGGCGGCCCUCCCGCCCCCACCCCCCGAGGAGCUGCCCCGGUCGCAGGCCACGGGGCUCGUCGCGGCGUCGCAGGCCAACUUCAUGCGCGUCAUCGUCGACGCCGCGCCCCCCGGCCUGGAGCACCACCGCGGCUCCGACCUGCUCUGCGUCGUCCGCGCGCUGCUCAAGAAGAUCCGCCGCCGCGUCCUCGUCGGGGACCGCGUCCUCGUCGGGGCCGUCGACUGGGCCGACCGCCGCGGCAUGAUCGAGGACGUCUUCGAGCGGAGGUCCGAGGUCGUCGACCCGCCCGUCGCCAACGUCGACCGCCUCGUCGUGCUCUUCUCGCUCGACCAGCCCAGGCCGGAGCCCGCCACACUCACCAGGUUCCUCGUCGAGGCCGAGUCCACGGGGAUCCCCUUCGUGCUCGUCUUCAACAAGGUCGAGCUCGUCGACGAACAGACAAUAGCAUACUGGAGAGAGAGAUUGAAGAGUUGGGGUUAUGAUCCGCUCUUUCUAAGUGUUAGCAAGCAAUCUGGAUUUAGUGCUCUUGAAGAGAUGCUGGAAGGAGAAACAACUGUAGUUGUUGGUCCAAGUGGCGUUGGGAAGUCCAGUCUGAUCAAUGCUUUGAGGUGCAACCAGAACAUAUCAGAAGAAGAUCCAAUACAUAAACUCCUUGAGCAGAAUAGUAAAUGGUUUGGUGAACAACGUGUUGGAACUGUGUCCAAGAAAAGCGGUAAAGGAAAACACACAACACGCCAUGUCUCAUUGCUUCCUAUACCUGGUGGAGGCUUCCUUGCUGAUACUCCUGGAUUUAACCAGCCUAGCCUGAUGAAAGUGACCAAAAAGAGUCUCGCAGAAACAUUUCCUGAGAUAAGAAAGAUGCUGAAAGAGAACGAGCCCUCAAAAUGUUUAUUUAAUGAUUGUGUUCACCUUGGCGAGCGAGGAUGCGUUGUGAAAGGUGACUGGGAAAGGUAUCCGUUCUAUCUCCAGAUGCUUGAUGAGAUCAAAAUUAGAGAAGAAAUCCAGCUACGGACAUUUGGAACAAAACGAGAAGGUGAUGUCAGGUACAAAACAGGUGUCAUGGGGGUGAAGCAAGCGGAGCCUCGCCUUGAACUGAAGAAGCACAGGAGGGUGUCUAGAAAGAAGAUUAACCAAUCGAUUCUUGAUGAAAUUGAAGAUGACAUCAAUGACCUCGAUGAUGACUACCAGUUUGAUGUCAAGCAGCAUUCUAGGAAACGAUAAUUGCCUCUCAUCUGAUGAUCUAACGACUACACAAGUCUCAUCAUUGGUAGGAAGGAAUCUACAGGUGCUGUACAGAGCUCGUUUUGCGGUGCUAUACUGUGCCCGGGAAUGGAUAAGCUGAUCACUGUAAAUAGAUGCGCACAAGCAGUCUAGGGGAGAAACACUAGCAGUCUAGUGGGGAAACCGUAGACGCUUGCAACUGAUUCUUGACGUUGAGUGGUUUGUUUCCUUGCGGCUGGCAGAACAGUAAGAUGACAGUUAAGUUAACUAACUAAAGCACUGUUUCUGUCUCACGAAUUGGUUCCAUGCACCACCAUGUUCGUGGCGAGGUCACUGGCGCAGCCA